UGCAGAACAAAAACAUAAAUAUUCCGACUGAGGACGAGAAAAUGUACCGGUUUGUAGAACGGCACAUCAGAAGUAAAAGAUAUUAUGAAGAUCAGAUUGACAAUGACCGAAAACCACUGCUUACCACUGGUAAAAAGGUCCUACUAGGGCUGUUGUUUUCAGUAAUGGUGGUGUGUCUCUCUGUUUUCGCAACUUUAAAAGUACAGACGACCAGUGCAGAUAAUCCAACUUUAAAAUUCAAACGAGAAAAGCAGGCCACCGAAAACCCCACUAUUACUGAACAACUGACAAACGUUCUAGCUGGUAAAAAAGGACAGGAUUUUAACUUUAAUAUAGGAAUGAGAAAUGAUUUCCGGAUGCAAGAUUGUAAAGGAACAAAUUUUAAACUAACAUUUCCUGAUAUAGAUUAUGCUUUUUUCGGAUAUAACAUCUUAAGGGGUUAUCCACUGUCCAAUGGACACGAUCCUGGAUUUACGUUCCCAAUCUUUAAAACAGACUAUAGUGAAGGGAAACAAACGUCUGACUGCAGGUACAGCAUACCUCAUGGACUUGUUGUUGUUCCUGAUGUCUCGUGUAUAACAUCCUUUACUUCUUCUACUGCUCGGAAUAAAUACGAGUUUUCAAAAUCUUUAUCAAACACUGCUAAUGCCAAAGGUGGUGGUUUUUUCGGUGUCAGUUUUUCUGCUUCUUAUGGUUAUAAGACUUCAACCUCGGAGAUGUCAGCAGGGGAAAAUGUCAAAAUAUUAUCAACGGCAAAAUGCAUUUACUACUAUACUGAACUUAUACGGGAAAAUAUUCCUCGUUUCACUCAACAGUUCUUAACAUGGGUUAGAAAACUUGAUAAAUCAGAUGACCCACAGACUUAUUUAGACUUUUUCCAUCGCUAUGGUACACAUUAUCCAACUUACACAACCUUCGGGGCUCGUCUCACAUACGAACACACGAUGAAAUCAUCGGACUACCAGAAAAAAACAGAAAAGGGUACCAAUGUAGCUGUUCAGGCAAGUUAUUCUGGAUUAUUUAGUGUGAGCGGGGGUUUUAACAUGGACACAAAUCAAAAGAAAGACAUAUCUGAGUUUUCUAGCUCUGUUACAACCAGGACUGUGACUGUUGGAGCACCCCCGCCCUCAAAUGGUGAUGCAAUGACAUGGGCUUCAUCAGUCAAAGAAAGCCCGGUUCCUAUGCAGUAUGAACUGUCACCAAUACAUACAUUGUUUUCUGACGAAUACAUGGGAGCAUUGGGUGUCAAUCACAAGAAAAUUGCCGACAAAAUGAGAAAUGCCACUUCAGACUACUGCAAAUAUCUUCUAAAACGAGGAAUUGUCGAUUCAUGUGACCCACUUAAACCAGGUUUAAUGCUUGAAUACACAAGCCUUGCUUACUUUUACAAUAAUGUUCCGGCCAAAAGCGUGAGCGAAUGCAUUGAUCUAUGUGAAAACGAGAAAGACUGUAUUGCCAUGGCAUACUGUACAGAGUGCAACAAUAGAUAUAAUAGCUUCCAUGUUUGUUAUAUGUACAACCCGAAGAAUAAUCCAAAGGGUAUGUCAGGUAUUUCCAAAUUGGGCUCUCAACGAUGGGACAGUGUCAUUUUUACUUUUAAAAUAGAAUACUACUUGCAGCUAGAUCAUACAGCUGUUAGGGGAAUAUCAAGAUUACCUGCUGCCAAAAGUAUGAGAGUAACAGAUAGCGCGGAAUGCAAGUGGUUGUGCAUAAGAGACUCGUUUUGUGUAGCGUACACAUUUUGCAUAUGUCCAAAGAGGAAACACAAAUGUCUAACAUAUGCCGAACAUAGAAUACAUGGACUGAAGAACGACAAAGAGUCGACGACUGUCUUCAUUACUAGAAACCGUCGUCGUUUGAUGGUUAAACCACCAUGGAAAAACGAAAAUUAAAAUAACAAAAAAA